AUGAUCGCCCGUUUCUUUUUAGGCGUUUUUGAGGCAGGCUUAAUUCCUGGAACAAUAUAUUAUAUUUCAAUUUGGUAUAAACGUUCAGAACAAAAUUUUAGGGUGGCCGCAGUCCUUUCAGGUCCUACAUUUGCUGGUGCGUUAAGUGGAUUAUUAUCGUAUGCAAUUAUUAGUUUGUUAGAUAGUAAAGCUGGGCUGAGUGGUUGGCAAUGGAUAUUUUUAAUGUGUGGUCUAGUUACAAUUAUAGUUUCUAUUAUUGCAUAUUUUUUAAUUUCUGAUUCUGUGGAAGACGCCAAAUGGCUUAACAAAGAAGAUCGAAACCGUAUUAGCUUAAGAGUUGGACGUGACGAGUUAUCAUAUACUGUCUCUCAUUCUUCUGAAAUAUCUGAAUCAAUAAGUCAAACUCUUGUAUUAGAAUUAUUAUCUCAACUGCUAGUUGUACCACCCUUCAUGCUUGGAUGUAUUUCAGAAAUAGGAGUGGCAUUUAUAUCAAAUCGAUUGAAUCUUCGUGGUCCUUUUGUGAUAUUAUUUGCAACGAUUGGAAUUUUUGGUUACGCGAUCGUCACAACAGCGCAAAAUGGCGCAAUUUGUGCGUUUCCAUGCCGUGCGACUUCUACCACAUGGUUAUCAAACAAUAUUGCGCCAUCCUUAAAGCGUAAUGUCGUUAUCUCGUUGAUGGUCGGCUCUGGUAGUAUUGGCGGUAUAAUUGCCACUCAAAUUUAUCGUUCGCAUAACACAAUACGCAAUAUUAAAAUUGAAAAACAAGAAUAUGAAAGUAAAAAGACAUAA